CAAAGAAUGAUCACCACAAAACCAAGUUUCCCUAUAUAUUAUUACUCCUCUCACAUAUAUAUGAAGUUUACUUCUCCUUUUCUCUCUUCUUUUAUCCAUUUACUUCUUACAAAUCUGCAUAACUUUGAUACAUGAAUCUUCUGAUUUCAUCAUAAACCAUGUAUUUAUAUUUCCUUAUGUACCCACAUGCCCAAAACUUUCGCAACACUCAACCCUAAUAAAUUUUCUUGAUCCAUUCUUUAUUGCUUCUGAUCACAUCUGGGUUUCCUUAGAGAAAGCGAUUAUGUGUUUAAUGUGUUUGUUGGGAGAUGUGUCAGAAACAUCAAGAAGACGAACAACAAUAAGAAACCAUAUUAAAUGUUAAGUCUUUUGAAUCACUCAAGAAGAAGAAAACAACAGCACAUCAGAUGUUUUCAUCAUCGUCAUAGUCCACACCAGGUUUCAUUCAAGUCCGUUAAGAUGGUCUUUUCUAGAUUUCUCAGACUGAUUCUGUUACUCUCCCUCGUCUCUUCUUCUUUCUCCUACACCACUUCUCCCUCCAAUUUUACUGCCUCAGAUCAAACUCUCCGGCCUCAAGAAGAGAUACAGAAGCUGAAACUGAUUAGAAAUGAGCUUCUCAAGAUCAACAAGCCCGCCGUUAAAACUAUUCAGAGCUCAGACGGAGAUACAAUAGAUUGUGUUCCGACUCAUCAGCAACCAGCUUUCGAUCAUCCUCUCUUACAUGGACAGAGACCAAUGGAUCCGCCUGAGAUGCCCAAAAGAUAUAGCAAAGAUGAUGAAUCGUGUGAAGAUUCUCAGCUGUGGAGUUUAACCGGAGAGUCAUGUCCAGAAGGUACGGUUCCUAUAAGAAGAACAACGGAACAAGACAUGUUAAGAGCAAGUUCUGUUCGGAGAUUUGGUCGGAAAAUCAGGCGCGUGAGGAGAGAUUCCACAAGUAACGGACACGAACAUGCGGUAGGAUACGUAUCCGGGAGACAAUAUUACGGAGCAAAAGCGAGUAUAAACGUGUGGUCGCCACGAGUCACUAGCCAAUACGAGUUCAGUCUCUCUCAGAUUUGGGUUAUUGCCGGUUCGUUCACUCACGAUCUUAAUACUAUCGAAGCCGGUUGGCAAAUUAGCCCGGAGCUAUAUAGAGAUACUUACCCAAGAUUCUUCACCUAUUGGACGUCUGAUGCAUACCGAACAACGGGUUGCUACAAUUUGUUGUGUUCCGGUUUUGUCCAAACCAACCGUCGAAUCGCGAUCGGAGCAGCCAUUUCUCCUAGAUCUUCUUAUAAAGGUGGACAAUUCGAUAUAAGCUUAUUGAUCUGGAAGGAUCCGAAGCACGGUCACUGGUGGCUACAAUUCGGGUCGGGUGCAUUAGUCGGGUACUGGCCGGCGUUUCUAUUCACGCAUCUAAGGCAACAUGGGAGCAUGGUCCAGUUCGGAGGCGAGAUUGUGAACACCCGGCCUGGUGGUUCACACACUUCGACACAAAUGGGCAGUGGCCAUUUCGCAGGUGAAGGUUUUGGUAAAGCAUCUUAUUUCCGGAAUCUCCAAAUGGUUGAUUGGGACAAUACUCUUAUUCCCGUUUCGAAUCUAAAGAUUCUUGCUGAUCAUCCCAAUUGUUAUGAUAUAAGAGGUGGGACGAAUCGUGUGUGGGGUAACUAUUUUUAUUAUGGAGGUCCAGGAAAAAACCCUAGAUGUCCAUGAAGGAUCAAGAAACGUUCUAUUAUUGUUGUUAUUCUAGCAUGCUGUGUGCUUUAAUGGAUUUUGGGAUUAGAAGAUUA